AUGCUUAAGUUAGGAGUGCAGCAGGCUGAAGACAUUGCCAAGGGGGUGGGCCCAGCCCGUGACGUUCAGCCGCCAGUCCGGGGCCCGCGGCCAGUAGUGGCGCAGACGGGGCGGCCCGGCCCCGCCCCACUGAGCAGAGCCCGCCCCGAGGCCCCGCCCCCUCCGGGCUCCGCGGGGCGCGCUGUCUCCCGGGGCCUCGGGGCCCCAGCUCUGCCAGACCCGAUCGGUCCCCAACGUCCAGGGCAGCUCCCGGCGGGAGGCAAGUCUCAGUCACCGUCUCCAGAGACGGAACCAGUGACUUCUGAGCAACGGAGAAGAGCCCUCUGGUUGCACCUGGCGUUCACGCAGCGGGUCUCCCCCUGGCCGGGACAGGACUUCCCAUCGCCGCAGGACGCCCGGAGAGGGCCUGGCCUGAGCUGCAGGGAACCGACUGCGUGUUACCCGGGGGGUCGUCCCUGGGACCAGGCCUGGUCAGUCCGGAGCGCCGGGGCACAAGCGAAGGGCUUCAAGCGGGAGCGGGGGUGCCUGCUGCUGCCCAGACCACGCAGGUGGGGACGCGGAGGCUGCCUGGCGCGGCCGCUGCAGCUCUGCGCUCCGACGGCUGCCGGCGCUGCUCCGCACCGCUCUCCGCGCCCGGGGGCCGGUGGAGGGCUGCAGAGGCGGCGCAAAUCCUCGCAGCUGCCCCUGCCCCGGCCCGCCAGUGUCACUGUCGACCUUUGGGGGAACGCAGGCCCCACUUGGGCCUCGGUCUGUUCCCAGAUGUCCCGGCUGCGGGCGCAACCAUCCGAGCGCCGCCCGGCGACUGUGACGCAGCGGGCGGCCCCGGGACGGGCCCCCCCGACGCGACUCGGUGCGUUCCUCCGGACCUUUAAAGGGACCCCGGUUCCCGUUGAAGCCUCCUUCUUCCCUCCCCCAGGCCGCGCCUCCUCUGUCAACCUCCAGGACCCCAAAGCAACCCGGUAACCUGGAAGACCAAGAGGUGGGAAAUGCUAUCUUGGAAAACUGAACUGUACCUUCCUCUGUAAAGAAUUUCUGGCAUGAAUAUCAGAAAUGAACCGCAGAAGAGUCUGUUCACUGCCUCUACUUAGAGGAAAAGGUCUCUAACCUAAGAGGCAUGAUUCCUGCCCCCAAAUCGGGCAAAAGCGGAAUAAAAGAUGAUGGUCCAGUCUGUCGUCAGCCUGGAACCACUUU